CACACACCAGCAGUUGGCACAAAAGUGGCUGUAGGUUCAAGAUGAUCCGUGCUUGCAUUGUUCUGGCUUUGUCCACCAGCGCUUUCGCUGGUUUUGUUGGCACCACUAGCUACGGUGUUGGCCUGGCUGCUGCUCCAGCCGUGGCCACCGUUGCUCACGCUGCCCCAGUGGCCUCCUACGCUACUGUAGCCCACGCCCCAGUGGCCACCGCUGUUGCUUCCCCAGUCGCUUCUUACGCUGUUGCUCCAGCUGUGACACCCGUCGCCACUGUUGCCCACGCUGCACCAGUUGCUACCGUGGCUGCUGCCCCAGUCGCCUCUUACGCUGUUGCUCCAGCUCUUGCCCCUGUUGCCACUGUUGCCCACGCCACUCCAGUGUCGACCUACGCUGCUGCCCCAGCUGUCACUGCCGUUCACGCCACUCCAGCUGUUGCCACCGUUGCCCACGCUGCCCCAGCUGUCGCUGCCUACCACGCCGCCCCAGUGUAUGGCUAUGGUGUUGGCACCCUCGGCUACGGUGCUGGCCACUAUGAAUUCGGCCACGGUCUUCUCGGCUAUGGCCUUAACUAUGGCUACGGUCUUGGCUCUCCUCUGAACUACGCCACCCUCCUCCGCAAAAAAUAAACAACUUUCGUAGUGGCAAGAAGAGAGACAAUCGCGGAGUAAAUUAUUACGGCUGUCCUUGGUUUAUACUUCAACGACCCUUGAACACUACAUCAAAUAAAAUAAAGUUGUACUCCUUGCA